AUGGAGCGGGAGUUUAGGUUGGUGGUUCUCGGGCACCGGUUCCGAUUAUCAUCCUUUCAUGACCGCCCGUAUUCAUGGGGUUACACUAUUUUCCGCACCGUCUAUACCCCUGAAUCAGAUGAGACGUUUCCAAAAGCCAUUGAAAGCCUUAAAUUUUGGGCAAACCGUUUUGUUAUGAGAGAACUCGAAGUUAAGCGGCUUCCCAACGAGGCCCCGCUGGAUCCCGCCCCCAACGAGGAACUAGCUCGGCGAUUCCACUGCGAUAUUAUGCAAGAUGCCGCAACUCUGGAUGGAGCGGGCGUCGAGGAAGUGGGCAAGCGCUUUGACGCCUGGGUCAAUGAACAUCUACAGCCAGAAGUUGGGAAGCGCAUGGUGAUGGGAAGAUAUUCUUUUUGCAUCAUGCUCGAUCAACAGGGCAUAGAUCAUCUGCUACAGAUGCGCGACAACCCGACACCCCACAAGGCAUUUCGCGCUCAGCUAAGGCUCCAUGUCAAGCUCUUGACCGACUGGCAGCGUGACCCCGAAGAAGGGGGCAGAUUUUGGAUUCGGGUAGGCAUUCAAGACCAGCUGUUCCCCCUAUGCUUUGGAUUGGGUGAUUCAGAUAUUUCUGAACUUGGGUUGCCGGAUGAAACGGACGGGGUUCAUAAUUUCUAUGGCAUGUUCCCAUUUCAUCCGGAGCUGGACUAG